GAAGGCAGCAGACUUUCAGGGUGGAGGUGGACCAAUGCCCGCAGCCUGCAAAAGCACCUGAAUCCCACUUUGCAAAUGCCGAGUCAACCGACCUUUGAUGAUGUGGCUGUGGGGGGCGGAGCCUAGCAGUCGAAUGAUACAGUAAAGUUCUUCCAAGCUCCGGAUGUCUGAAGCCUAGAAGCGCAUUUAUCUCCGUAUGAUUGGCAUGAUAAAGAGAUGACUUGAGGAAAAACAACCAAUGUUGCGUGUGUAGGAAGUGUUUUACUCAGAAACUUAAUCUCCCCAGACACCAGAGAGCCCACAUGGGAAGACCUAAACGGCACAAAUGUUUGAGGUGUGGGAAAACGUUUGCUUCCCAGGCAAGUCUUUUAAUUCACCACAGAGUCCACACUGGGGAGAAACCCUACAGUUGUCCAGAAUGUGGGAAAUGCUUUUCUCAGCAGCAGCAUCUCGUGAAACACCAGAGACUUCACACAGGAGAGAAACCUUACAAAUGCAUGGAGUGUGACAAGUGUUUUGCUAAUUCUUCUACCUUGGCGAAUCACCAGAGUGUCCACACGGGCGAGAAACCCUACAAAUGCAUGGAGUGCGGAAAAUGUUUCGCUUUUGGCUCAGGCCUCGUGGCACACAACAGAAUCCACACUGGAGAGAAGCCCUAUGCGUGUUCAGAGUGUGGGAAAUGUUUCCGCUCCCGGUCCCAGCUUGUGAAACACCAGAGGGUUCAUACAGGGGAGAGAAGCUACAAAUGCAUGGAAUGUGAGAAAUGUUUUGCUGUCAAAUCUACCUUAGAGAUCCACCAGAGAGUCCACACGGGAGAGAAGCCCUAUAAAUGCACCGAGUGUGGGAAGUGUUUUGCUUACCACUCGUCUUGUAUGAAUCACCAGAGAAUCCACACUGGAGAGAAACCUUACCAAUGUCCCGAAUGCGGGAAAUGUUUUUCUCAUCAGCCAGAUCUUAAGAUCCAUAAACGAGUCCACACCAGAGAGAAACCCUAUCAGUGCUUGCAGUGUGGAAAAUGUUUUGGUUAUGAAUCCAGUCUUGCGAUGCAUCGCAGACUCCACACCGGAGAGAAACCUUACAAAUGCAUGGAGUGUGGAAAGUGUUUUGUUCAGCAGUCGAACUUUGUGACGCACCAGAGAGUCCACACCGGGAAGAAACCUUACAAAUGUAUAGAGUGUGGGAAAUGUUUUACUAAUCCAUCGGGCUUAGUGACACACCAGAGAGUACACACAGGAGAAAAGCCAUAUGAGUGCCCCAAGUGUGGCAAAUCUUUUUCUCGUAGCUCAAGCGUUGCGAAACACCAACGGUCCCACACCGGAGAGAAACCCUAUGAGUGUGUGCAGUGUGGCAAGUGUUUUGCUCACUAUUCCGACCUUAUGCUGCACCACCGAGUGCACACUGGAGAAAAACCUUACAAAUGCUCAGAGUGCGGCAAGUGUUUUGCAUCCCGCUUAGGUUUAGUGGAACACCAGAGAGCUCACACGGGGGAGAAGCCGCAUAAAUGCUUGGAGUGUGGGAAAAGCUUUGCUCGCCAUUCAGGUCUUACAACGCACCAGAGAGUCCACACGGGAGAGAAGCCCUAUAAAUGUGUGGACUGUGGGAAGUGUUUUUCUCAGCAAACACACCUAGCAACACACAAGAGAAUCCACACAGGGGAGAAGCCUUACAAAUGUCCCGACUGCGGGAAAGGCUUUGCGCAGCGCGCACACUAUGUGAUUCACCAGACAAUCCACUCGGGAGAGAAACAGUUCAAGUGCUUGGAGUGUGGGAAAUGUUUCGCUCACAAGUUAACUUUGGUCAUCCAUCACAGACUGCAUACGGGAGAGAAACCCUAUAAAUGCCUCGAGUGCGGGAAAUGUUUUCUACAGCAGUCGCGUCUUGUGUCUCAUGGACGGGUGCAUACGGGAGAGAAACCCUAUCAGUGCCCUGAGUGUAGGAAACGGUUCCGUUACCACAGUAAUCUUGUGAUUCACCAGAAGGUCCACAUAGGAGGCAAACAGAACCAGACUAAGCCCCAGAAAACCCAUACGAGCGAGAGGCGCUCUGGAACCCAAGGCGGUGUACAUAAUUCUCCUCCUCCUCUCCAUUUUUAUCCUCACAACAACAACAACCCUGUGAGCACAAAAUUCGAAGAUGGGGCAUUCCUUUCCUAAGAGUGGAAAACAUCAAAGCCACCGCCGCACAGGAAAGAGAACUGUAUGAACGGCUUUU